UAGUAGUUUGUAUUGUUGAUUAUCGGUGUGGUAAUUAUUCUCAGUAAGUUGAAGGGAAGCAUAAUUUUUCUAAAUCAAGUUAUGCAUACAAGUACAACAGCGCAAAAAUCUGUUGGUGGUACAGUUCAGCUCUCUCAAUUGUAAUUUGCGCCUCAUUGAUACGGUCUGCGAUUGUUUGUUUCUUUUUUUUGGUGUCACGCUGCGCACGCACAUUUCUGAAUAAGAAAGCGGAAUAGUGGGGAAGGUUUUGUUUGGGGAUGUAUGUGAUGGAGUUGAAAUUUUGCAUCAAUAUUUCAUAAAAAUGCUUCAAGAUCGGACAGUUGGUUGUAGCAAAUGAUAUUUCAAAUCCAUGUACUGUUUGAAUUGCUUCUAUCUUUUCAUGUGAAAAGUUUGUAAACAGAGUCAUGGACAAUAUAUCUGCUGGUGUGAGAAAACCAGCUGUACCUGCGAACAGCAGGGGAAGUUACUUGAGUUCGGGUUUAACAGUCUCAAACAUGGGGACAUGUUAUUCCGGGGAUGAUGCUUUGCUUCUGUCUAGGAAUCAUGGUAUCAGCAACGUAAUUUUUCCUGGAAGUCUCGCUUACUCUGGGAAUAGAGUUAAGCCUGAAGAGCCAUCAUAUACUGGUUGUGAAGACAGAAUGGACCCUAUAUUUUUAUCAUACUCUCAAGCAAAUGGUGUGCCACAAGAGUCAAAACUAGCAACAUACAUGAACCGGCAGAAUACCAGCACGCCAACGAGUACUGUCAAUCAGUCCCUCGCCAAGAACUUGGCUGGUCUGAGUCUAGACGCUGUGGUGUCACUGAAGAAGGUGACUCCACAGGCACCUGAGUUUGUGCCAGCAGCAGGAGGUGGAGGAACAGCUGGUAACACAGUAGCAGGAAAUGGUUCCCCUGAUUUCCUCAACUCAUUCACUGGCUUGUCAAGUUCAGGGGGCCCCCAGGCAACAUUUGGUAGCAGGCGUAGCAGUCUAGAGAGUCCUCUAUCUGCAUCUCCACGAUUGACACCCCAGCCUUCACCUCCACUCAGCAACUGUUCACCUACUCCUACACUUGACAAAACACCCAUAACCCCUGUGUCAACUUACCAGGAGAAUGUUGGCGGCACGACAUACUUCUAUCCAACAACUGUGGCAGUAGCUGGAGCUGCAGGUGGAGGAGAGGCAGCAGGCCUAAAUAGCAGUGGUAUGAGCUCAGGCAGCUCGGUGGUUCCCUCGGUAGUAUUGCCCAGCUUUCACGUUUAUCCUGGCACUCCUACACACCUGGCCUCAAUUAAAGGGAAAUCUACUACACCUGCAGCUGCAUUUUAUGUGGCAAAUGAAAUACGUAUGGAAACAUUGCACAGGAAUGCUCUUGUUCUUGCCCAGCCAGACCCAGAACAAUUCCCAGAAUUACCGAGUGAGAUUGACAACUAUCAUGAGUUGUGCCCACUGAAACCAGUUCCAUCAAAUUCCAUGCACAAAAGCCAGCUGCUGGGUUAUCCCAUGUCCACAUACAAGGCUACCAACACUAAGACUGGAGCUCGGUAUUGCCUGCGCAGAGUGCAUGGAUUUCGUCUGCCCAAUACGAAGUGCAUGUUUCUGGUUGAUAUGUGGAAGCAUCUGCAACAUUCCAACAUUGUUCAGUUACGGGAAGUUUUUACAACUAAGGCUUUUGGAGAUUACUCAAUGAUAUUUGUGUAUGACUAUCAUCCGGGUUCAGAGACGUUGCUGAUGAAGCACUUCACACCUUCGGAGCCACUGAAUGGAUAUGCAGAUCCUUUCUCUGCUGAUCCAACUGCACCACGUCCAUACAGUCACCAAAAGAAUGCCCUUUUAAGGCAACAGCAUGGAGGUGGCAGUGGGAUGCUCCCUGAAGGUGUCAUCUGGAAUUACAUCAUCCAGCUAACAUCUGCCCUCCGAGUGAUUCAUGCAGCUGGUCUUGCAUGUCGAACUCUUGAUCCCACCAAAAUACUGUUAACAGGACGCUCUCGCCUCCGUCUCAGUAGUCUUGCCAUCUCUGACGUUCUCACCUUUGACACCACCUCUCCAAACCCCUUGCAGCUCAUACCACAUUUUCAGCAAGAAGAUCUGACAGCUCUUGGGAAGGUGAUCCUGGCACUUGCUUGCCGAUCACUCAUGGCAGUGCAGCGUGAAAACAUGCAGACAUCAUUGGACCUGGUGGCCCGCACAUACUCAAAUGACUUGCGAAACGUCAUCAUGUAUUUGUUGACCAACCAGCAGCAACAGCAGCACAAGAGUGUGACAGACCUCAUGCCUAUGAUUGGUGCGCGAUUUUACACUCAGUUGGAUGCUAUUCAGAUCCGAUCAGAUGUGCUAGAGAAUGAAAUAUCCAAGGAGAUGGAGAAUGGUCGCUUAUGUAGGCUCCUGGUUAAACUUGGAACUGUUAAUGAACGUCCAGAGUUGAAUCUGGAUCCAACAUGGGCGGAGACUGGAGAUCGUUACAUGCUCAAGCUCUUCCGUGAUUACCUGUUUCAUCAGGUUUCAGAAGAUGGGCGACCAUGGCUUGACAUGUCACACGUUGUGCAAUGCCUUAAUAAACUGGAUACAGCUGCUCCAGAGAAGAUAUGCCUCAUGUCUCGAGAUGAACAGAGCAUCCUUGUGGUGAGCUACGCAGAACUGAAGCACUGUUUGGAGCAGUCAUUUGAGGAGAUCCUCAAUGCAGCCACAAAGCGAGAUCAGAUAGCGUAGUCAGUGACAGUCAGCUACCACCUCUUCUGUAGUAGAAGCGCUGCCCUUCAUGCAUCAUAGUUGCUCCCUUUGUAGAAUGGCAUAGCUCAUCCCUGACUGGACUGACAAAUUGCAGAGAAGGAUGAUGGGAGACUAUGCAUGUGUGUUAUUGUGUAUAUGUGUGUAUGUUAGGCAAAAUUUCCCCCCUUGUACAUUGUGUAUGAUGAUAUACUGGAUAUUUUUCUUCCUUUUAUGCUGGAUCAUUACCAGUAAGUGGUUCUGUUGAAUGGCUGCAAGUAAGUGCGUCAGUGGUGCCAUCGUUGCUGCUUCUUCAGACAUGUAUAUAACUGCCCUCCAGGGUGCUUCCUCCAGGUAUCAAGUAAGAUAUCUCUCGUUAGAGCACCAGCAAAGAAACAAAAUUUGUUGUCUUUAUUUUUAUUUUAUUAUUUUUUUAUUUUCAAAUAUCACUUUUCAGAUGAGAAGUGUGGUAUUUAUGUGAUCAUAGCUUAUUGAUUUGUAAUAUAUUACAGAUGGUAUGCUAUUGAGUCUUUCAUCUGGGGAGGAAGUGGGGCAAGUACCGAGUCUUCCAAGACUUCUGCAGUUUGCCUCGCGCAAAGUUAUAAUGAGGCUUCUUAUUUUAAGGAGGGUUUUUUAUGUGAAGAUAUUGUUUCACAAUUGUACAUGUUUGCAAACUAAGCUCAACUGGUGCAGAGGACACGUACCCUAUUGUGUAUUGAGUGUAUUUUUUUCUAAAUAUAUAUUUUUUCGUAGUGGUGAAUUAAAAGUGGUUUCUGUGGGUGAAGCACAAAAAUGCACCAAAGGUUGUAAGGUAGCCACCAAGAGGCUGACAUGCUUGCAAUUGCUUAUGUGUUCCAGUUUUCAAAUGACAGACAAGUGUAAAUGAAUCUUGAUUUCCUCCUGAGUGCUACACAGCUGUGUGAAAUGCUUGGCAACUGCUUCUCCAACCCAGCUGGAUGGUGGUGAUUGUUACAAGGAGGAGAUGUAUCCUUUACAUUCCCAUUGAUGCUGCUUAGCUUGAAUACAGUAAGAUAAACAUAUAGCCUUCUGUCAUUGCUGCUGCAUAUUUCAGGUUUUUGUAUUGUCCUGAGGCACAAGCUGCAAGACAAUUUUAUCACCAUCUGCUUCACUAUGGUGGCACAAAUCUAUCUUUCGAGUAGAUAAUCAUGGUAUUUCCUGCUUAAGAAAUAUCUGGUGAACACUUCUACCAUAUAUUGUUUAUUAUUCAAGGAAGAUAUGGCAUUUCAAUAGCAACAUUUUCAUUUCGUUUAGUCCGGCUUUGUUGCGUCAAAUCAGUCUUCAUGUACUGUAUGUGAGAAUGCCUAAGUGAAUACAUAUAUUCACUCACAUGAAGGAGACAAUUGAAGGAUAAAGUUCUGGAUCUACAGUGAAACAACACUAGUAUCAGCCUGCUAAGUUACAUUUGAAAAAUGUAUGCAGAGUGUGAGAAGGCAGGAUGCAGCAGGUGUAAGAUACUAGGGUAAUUACAUAUGUGAUAUCUAAAGCAUUAGUACAACAUUAUUUUCCAUCCACUUGUGAAUAUGGCAGACAUGAUUCAGCUGAAUUUGUUAGAAGUGCAAGUAUAAAGUACUUCCUUGUUACACUCUGCACAGUGCCUGCAACUUCUAGAGCAUGUUGUCUUCCAACUGUGUGUGUCCUGCUCGUUGGCACCAAGCAUUCAGGUGGUUGGUCAUGGUGACACUGGGCUGCUUUGGUCUAGUCUCAUAUGUAUAUAUAGAUAUACACACACUUAGAUUCAGUUAUCAUAAAUUUAGUUGUAUGAGUACUGAAAUUGUGUGGUAUAAAGUAAGUGACAGGAUAGAAUACCAAACUGUAAUAUUCCCUGGGUAAAGAUAACAAAAUUGAGUUCGCUAACAAGGGACUCUGAAACAUGAGACCUAUUCCUGCAUUAAUGUUUGCCCAUGCCAUGCACUUUUUAAUCCUUUUCUGCAUGUUGCAAAAGAAAUUUAAAGCCACCAACUUUAUUGGUGAGUGCUCAAAUAGAGCCAGAUUAUAGUAAUAUGUGCAAAUUUAACUACUGUUAUGCUGUCAUUAAAAUAAGCUCAUAUGUUGCAAAGUUGUUAGUCCACCCUGAAAUCCAUAUUUAUUGGAAGAGAUUGCAUUUCAUUCUGUAGAGUUGUAUUGAAAUGUGAAUGUUGUGUUUUGAAAUUAUACUACUAUAUGAAAAUCUUAUUAACAGAUUGUUUGGCAGACAUAGACUUCAUUUGAAAUUUGGUUCAUUUAAAAAGUGAACUGGAAGAAACUGUGCCAGUUUUAUUCUGUUUCCAUGACAAUUUAAAACUGGAUUCACAUACCUUUUGUGCUUGGAAAGAAUGGCUUAAGUUAAUGGAGAUAUGUUUGACUUAGGCUCUUGUUACUGAACAUCUAAUAUGUUGUCAUUUUAGAAGACAUCCAUGAUGUAGGAGGUUCUAGUUUAUUAAUUAAUCCUUAGAAUGUUUCAGUAACUUUUAAUACAGUUUUCUCAUCAAUAAAAUUAUUGAUAAAUAGACAAAUCAAGCAAUAUGGUAAUUUAUUGAAUUAUAAAGAUUGAUAUUAUUUAGUGUUUAACAUUUAUAACAAAACCUAAUAUUCUUAUUUGUAUCAAAUGGUUUUGGUAUGCUCAGCUUAUUAAGAGAAGUACAAACUACUGACUUUAAGGACCUAAGUCACAUUUAUUAUUGUAAUAUAUGCACUACGUGUUACAGUAUUGUGUAGCGAAUCUUUGAUAAUUCUAAUAGAAUAUUGAUGCAUAUUGGCAUUUUUUAUCACUUUCAGAAAACUUGUGGUAUUAUGAAAAUGUACCAUGUGAAGUUUCAGAUUCUCAUGGUAAAGAGUAUGGAGAUGGCUGUGUUCUGGGUUGUUUUGUAGUCUAGUAGAUAUUAACUGACAUUUCAGAGGAUCUUACUGCCUCCAUCAUCACUCUGAUAAUGGAGGCAGUAAACUCUUCGGAAACAUUGGUCAAUAUAUCUCAAGCUAUAUAACCCAACAUUUCAGAAGACAGCCAUCUUAAAAAUGUACCAUAUUUAUUAUUUAACCAAGAAAAUUAUCAUAUUGCUGUAUCGAAGUGUUUGUACACAUUCCAGCAUUGGAAUUUGUUGUAUUAGGCAAGAUGUCUGUGUAAUUAUGAGAUUAGACAUAAUAUAGCCCAAAAUGCGCCAUGCUCAGGUUGUACAGGAUGUGUUCAGAAACUGAUCAGUGAACAGUGUAUUAUUAUGAUAGACAUUAUGCAAUAAUCUGUGAUGACCAGAAAAAGAGAGCGAGAGAGAGCUCAUGCUUGCAAAGGUACAUAUCCUAGCAAAUGUGUGUGUUAUGAAGACAGUGCAGCAGAUGGAGAUUCUGGGCGGAGCUCAGUUCAACAAGGCAACAUUUUAUAGGUUCCAACCUUAGUUUCCCUCUUACAUUGUUUAAAAAUUUCUGCCAUGUUUUGCACAGUGUUGCCAUUGCCUUGAAUUUACCUUGUUGAACAAAUAGAAUAUAUGAUUAUUUUUCUUAUCAUUCAGUAACUUACAUGUUUUUGUCACUUGGAAUGUUUGACAGUACAUCAGCUGAUCCUUUGAUCUGUUCUUUUUAUAUAAAUUAUCUACAACAUAGAUGAUUUUUAAAGCUAGUUGUUCUAAUUUUUUUCUUGACAAUAGAAAUGCAUCCCUACCUACUGUAUAGCAUUAAAACUUGUGAGAACGAUUUCAGUAGGAAGCAUUGCUGUAAUGGUUUUAGUUACUUUUAUGAUCAGUUAAAAUGUAGUUUUAUUUAAUUGUUGUUGAAACACAACAAAAGUGAUGGAUAGUCACAGGAAGGUCAGAUAAUACAUAUUGUUUGUUUUGUGCAAUGCUGUAAUUUCACACAGCUCAAUCAGUUGACUAUAGAUAUUUGAAUUUGUUUUGAUGUGGGAUGUGUGUGUGAAUCAGCGUGCAAAGGAAUGCUUGUAUUAUUCUGGUUAUGUUUUCAGAUCAUGUUGGACAUUUUCUCACAGUAUGGUCAUGGGAAUUCAUCCAUCCAUUGCUUGGAUAAUUAGAUAAGUAUUUGUACAAUACAAACUAAAAGUUUGUAUUAAAUUGUAUAGGGCAGUGAUGUCUUAUAAUUGCCUGAUUGCCUUCCCUUAAAAAUGGCUUAUCCAGACUUAAGUUCCUUUAAACACUGUCUUUGCAACACACAUACAAGUGACCAUAUAUACACAUCAGGAAGUUGUGACUUGGCCUAACUAAAGCUUAGCUGCCUCGGGACCAGGACAAUCAAUCCACAAACUCUACUGAAUUUUUAAAACAGUAUGUGAAGUGUCUUUCUUCCAUGAAGGAAAUAGGUACUUUGAACAUAUUGAGUGUCAGAGGAAGAAUGAAUCUGCAAUAAAAAACCUAAUUGAGAUUUGAGUUGAUGUUUUCCAUUAUGGCCAGUGUGGAAUAAGAAUACAAUUUGUUGAUAUUAAUUUUAUGAUUGUUUUGAGCUUCGAAUUCCAUGCAGGAAUUAUUGUGUUGACAGAAUUCAGUUAAAGGUAACACAUCUAACUGCUACUCUUGAAGCUUACAAAUGAUGGAUAUUUCGAACUGGACUGAGAAGGGAGAGGAAGAGUACAUAUCUAUGUCCACCAUCCAGCUGUGGAAUUUUAAAUGUCAAGCUUUUGUUUUUAAGGUAAUUGUAAUUGAAUUACUUUCAUUGCUAAAUUUAUAAUUUAUUAGCAUGAUAAAAAUGUUGAAAACACAAAGAUAAGUAAAUUGUUUAUACUAGAUCAUUAUACUGUGUAGCUGAAGAAAAAGUAUAUAGCAGAGAACAAUUGAACUUAUAACAGAAGGUGUUUUUUCUGUGUAUUGAAUGGGCACUUAACAAUGACAGUCCUUUUGCAAAAUUAGUUUCAUUUCACCAAAUUAACAAAUCUUUCUUUAUAAGAUUUUGGGUUUCCACAGUGAUUCAUAUAUAAUUUUAUUUUAAUAUCUUCCACUGUAAUGCAGCAUGAGAACCUAAAACAAUGUACCUAAAAAGCCUUUAAUUCAUUUGAGUAUGUAAAACCUUUUCACACAUCCAUGCAAUUGUCCAUGUAAUUAUAUGUAGGUACAUGUGCUCACACAUACUGUUUUACUGGGUUUAACAAACUCACCUGUCUGCUUGUUUGUGAUGAGUGAUAAAUUUAAAAAUCAAAGCCAGUGAGUUAAAAGAAUCUUUGUUUUUUCUCCACAGGUGCCGAACAUUAAAUUUGUAACUGGUAUGGGCAUGUGGGCUAUAGAUAAAGAGUAGAGCAAAGUGCAGUUUUCAGGUUAACAUUUAUCUCUAUAUUAAUGAUCCAUUACAUUUCUCAUUUAGGCUGUUUUGACAUGUGAGAUGCUAAAAGCUGCUGAUAAGAGUAACUCAUCUCUAUCCUGUGCAACUCAGUUACACUUAAUUGUUUGCUAAUAACAAUUGUUCACAGUGUUUUGUAGUGUAUGUGAUAUUAAUUAGGCUGAUUGGAAACAUUUACACUAGCAUGGGUAGGCAUUGUUACACUUGUGGAGGAAAUGUCUGACAAGUAGAAAUUUUGUCUGAUUAGCUAACUGAGCCAACAUUUGACUUUAGUGUAUGUGUGUGUGUGUGCGCGCACACAUGCAUGUGUAUGUAUAUAUAAUUUUUGUGGGUUGUAUGUUAUGUGUGCCUAAAAUUAACCAUUUCAGAUCAGCAGAGAGAAAAGCAUUUGAUGUGCUAAUGACUCAUGUGUCCAUCUUUUUGGAGAAAAAUGGGAACUUUUUAACUGUUAAACUGUUUUUGGUGUGGCUUAGAUGGUAUGUUUUUUCAUCAACAUAAUUUCUUUAACAAUGGGGAGUGGGAGGAUUCCACCAUCUGUCCAUUACGUGGGUUCCUCAUACCUAAAAUUGACCAGUCAGAGGUAAACAUUUCAUGCUGUUAGCUUGAAUCUUUUGCACACCUCUGUUCUGGAGGUAAAUGUGAUAGAAAGGGUGAAGUUUAUAUAGGUAAGUUAUAAAAUUGCCAGUUAUAGACACCAUAUUGUCCAGGCAUUUUUACCUUAGAUUUGUUCUCAAAGUAGUGUCUGCAAAUUAAAAUAUUUAAACCUUUCAAUAUAUUAUCACUGAUCUUUUACAUCAUGUGCUAUUUCAACAAGAUAGUUGCAUGUAAAUGGGAUUAUAUGAUUGUCAAUUUUUCUUUUCUGUUUCUGGAAUGUGGACAUAGAUACUAAAUCUUCAGUAUUACAUGUUUUGUUCAGGCUACCUUAUUUUAAGUGAAAGUUAUAUUUUAUGGAGAUGGUGUCCAUUUUUAAUUGGAUCUCAGUCUUAGAAAGGUCUUAAAGGCAAGAUUAUGUUAUCUUGCACAUAAAUAAUUUCAUUUUGAGUACUUCAUUAUUUCAUUUUUGAUAUUCAGUCAUGUGCAAUUUCCUGAGACAUCACAACUUCUACAUGUGAGAAUAUGGAAAUGUUAUUAAUAAAUAUGGUGUUUUGUUGAAACAUCACAAGAAGUUUGGAAUUUAAUCACAAGCACCAAUUUUUUUUAAAUCUGAAAUAUUAGUUUCAGUAUGUCAUCUGGAGUAUAAUUUGGAAGAAUGGUUCAAAUGGUACAGGUUUUUGUGUAUUUAUUAAACCCAUUCUUCAAUUUAAAUAAAUCCUGCUGUUUGGCUCAUUAAUAAAUAUAUACAAUCGUGCUCAGUCCAUAGCCGACUCCAAAGAGCAUAGUUUUCUAUACGAAGCUGACGGUACUCUCUGCCAAGAAUUUACCUGCCCUUAAUGGGACCAAAAGUUUCAUUGGCAUGUUCACAAUGUCCAACUGCCAGCCAGAUGAAUCCAGUCCAUACUCUCCCACCCUGUUUCCAGGAAAUGUUGGUAUUAUUCUCCGAAGUUAAAUUACAUAGCAUGUUAAAAAAAUUCCCAGACUCAACUUAGACUAGCGAAUCUUCUGCUGCCCACUAUUCUGGGUGUGGUAGGUUACUGUGCUAAGGUUGAGCCCAGGAAUUCUUUGACUGUAGCACUCCACUGUGCUAGUUUUAUAUUGUUAUGUAGAUUCACUCACUGAAACCUUUUCUAACAAUUGUCUAGUUGGCUAAAUUCUUGGGAUACAGGAAGUACAUAACCUUUUGGUGAUGUGAGACACUAAAGUUUCUAUCUGGCCUGACUCCUGGAAUGGGCACCAUCAACCCACCUACAUUUAUUUUAGCAGUUAAUAGACAAGAAGCCUGAAUUCAGAGUAAAUGUUUAUAUUUCACAUUAUCUGUUCCCUUUCUUUAUAACAUCUUACUUCUUAAUCUGGUCAUAAUGUAUACAAAUGUAAAUGUUCUGUUUCAAUAAAGUAUUUUUAAAAACAA